CUCACUUCAUGAUCACAGCCUCGACUGUGGUUCCUGAAAUUAACUCAACAAAUGUUUUGACCACAACACCAGAGAUCAGUGAAUCUUCAACAACUCAGCCACAUUUGUCGACACAAAAACCAUGGACAACACCAACUCCAUCCGUGGAAUCAAAUACGUUUUCUUCAACUGGUGUAAAAACACCCAGCACCAAUAAUACAGCAUUGGGAGCUUCAGUAAUGCCAGAACAAACAAGAACACAAGAAUCGACAGAGAGUAGAUCAACACAAACUACAGUAACACAAUCCGCAACACAAGCAACUGCACCACCUAUAACAACCAAAUCAGUGACUUCACAAAUGUCAACAUCAGCACCAAUAACAACAGAAGAAUUUACAGGUGCAAAACACAGUGCUAGAUCAACAGCAAAUCACAGCACACCAACACAAACAGUAACUACAACAACACAAACUACACAAUCGAAACCUGUAGACACAGUGCUCACAACAAUACCAACACAAUCUAGUCCACACACAACAGAAUCAACAGCAACAAAAACUACAGUAUCUGUAACAACACCGGGACAAACUACAGCCUCAGAAUUAGCAACAAUACCAUCACAGACUAUUUCAACCCAAACUACAUCUUCUGCAACGAAACCACAGCAAACUAAAACUGAUCAACCAACAAAAAGUAGAUCAACACAAACUACAGUAACUACACAAUCAGCAACUACACCACCUGUAACAACCAAAUCAGUGACUUCACAAAUGUCAACAUCAGCACCAAUAACAACAGAAGAACCCACAGCUGCAAAACACAGUGCUAAAUCAACAGCAAAUCACAGCACACCAACACAAACAGUAACUACAACAACACAAACUACACAGUCAAAACCUGUAGACACAGUGCUUACAACAAUACCAACACAAUCUAGUCCACACACAACAGAAUCAACAGCAACAAAAACUGCAGCAUCUGUGGCGACACAACAACAGACUACACCCUCAGAAUCAGGAACAAAACCAUUACAAAUUAUUUCAACCCAAACUACAUCUUCUGCAAUGAAACCACAGCAAACUGCAACUGAUCAACCAACAAAAAGUAGAUCAACACAAACUAUAGUAACCACACAAUCAGCAAUUACACCACCUGUAACAACCAAAUCAGUGACUUCACAAAUGUCAACAUCAGCACCAAUAACAACAGAAGAACCCACAGCUACAAAACAAAGUGCUAAAUCAACAGCAAAUCACAGCACACCAACACAAACAGUAACUACAACAACACAAACUACAUCGUCAGAACCUGUAGACACAGUGCUCACAGCAACAGCAACACCAACACAAUCUAGUCAAAACACAACAGAAUCAAUAUCAACAAAAACUACAGUAUCUGUGGCGACACCACAACAGACUAGACCAUCAGAAUCAGGAACAAAACCAUCACAAAUGAUUUCAACCCAAACUACAUCUUCUGCAACGAAACCACAGCAAACUAAAACUGAUCAACCAACAAAAAGUAGAUCAACACAAACUACAGUAACUACACAAUCAGCAACUACACCACCUGUAACAACCAAAUCAGUGACUUCACAGAUGUCAACAUCAGCACCAAUAACAACAGAAGAACCCACAGCUACAAAACAAAGUGCUAAAUCAACAGCAAAUCACAGCACACCAACACAAACAGUAACUACAGCAACACAAACUACACCGUCAGAACCUGUAGACACAGUGCUCACAACAAUACCAACACAAUCUAGUCCACACACAACAGAAUCAACAGCAACAAAAACUACAGUAUCUGUAACAACACCGGGACAAACUACAGCCUCAGAAUUAGCAACAAUACCAUCACAGACUAUUUCAUCCCAAACUACAUCUUCUGCAACGAAACCACAGCAAACUAAAACUGAUCAAUCAACAAAAAGUAGAUCAACACAAACUACAGUAACCACACAAUCAGCAACUACACCACCUGUAACAACCAAAUCAGUGACUUCACAAAUGUCAACAUCAGCACCAAUAACAGAAGAACCCACAGCUGCAAAACACAGUGCUAAAUCAACAGCAAAUCACAUCACACCAACACAAACAGUAACUACAACAACCCAAACUACACAAUCAAAACCUGUAGACACAGUGCUCACAACAACACCAACACAAUUUAGUCCACACACAACAGAAUCAAUAUCAACAAAAACUACAGUAUCUGUGGCGACACAAAAACAGACUACACCCUCAGAAUCCGCAACAACAACACCACAAAUGAUUUCAACCCAAACUACAUCUUCUGCAAUGAAACCACAGCAAACUACAACUGAUCAAUCAACAAAAAGUAGAUCAACACAAAAUACAGUAACCACACAAUCAGCAGCUACACCACCUGUAACAACCAAAUCAGUGACUUCACAAAUGUCAACAUCAGCACCAAUAACAACAGAAGAAUUUACAGGUGCAAUAAAAAGUGCUAGAUCAACAGCAAAUCACAGCACACCAACACAAACAGUAACUACAACAACACAAACUACACCGUCAGAACCUGUAGACACAGUGCUCACAGCAACAGCAACACCAACACAAUCUAGUCCACACACAACAGAAUCAAUAUCAACAAAAACUACAGUAUCUGUGGCGACACCACAACAGACUAGACCCUCAGAAUCAGGAACAAAACCAUCACAAAUGAUUUCAACCCAAACUACAUCUUCUGCAACGAAACCACAGCAAACUACAACUGAUCAAUCAACAAAAAGUAGAUCAACACAAACUACAGUAACCACACAAUCAGCAACUACACCACCUGUAACAACCAAAUCAGUGACUUCACAAAUGUCAACAUCAGCACCAAUAACAACAGAAGAAUUUACAGGUGCAAAACACAGUGCUAAAUCUACAGCAAAUCACAGCACACCAACACAAACAGUAACUACAACAACACAAACUACACAAUCAAAACCUGUAGACACAGUGCUCACAACAAUACCAACACAAUCUAGUCCACACACAACAGAAAAAACAGCAACCAAAACUACAGUAUCUGUGACAACACCGCUACAAACUACAGCCUCAGAGGUUUCCACAAAUUCAAGUACUCUUCAGUCAUUUUCCUCACAGGCAUCAACCCUCAAUCCUGACAAUGCCAACACAACACAGCAGAAAGUGGACCAUACCUCUGUUCCUCCUAGAGGAAAUAUAAAAAUUGCAGCUGUGAGGCUCCUUGUCUUUGAUUACCCAACUGUGUUCCGGGUCACAUUCGCUGUUUCAAAUAUCAUAAGCAACACAAGACACAACAAAACAAUACAACUGAUGUAAUUCCAGACAUUUUAUAUAAUCGUUUAGGAGGAGUUUGAUAAGGUGAUUGAUACCACUUUUAUGUGUAUAGUAAAUAUGAGUAAUAUAUGAGUUUAAACGGAAAGUCUGGCUUUUUCCUUUGGUCAGACCUAGGCUCACUAUUUCUCUCUGUUUCUAGUCUUUUUGAUCAUCUUAACUAUCUGGUUUCUUGCUGUUUCUUGAUUUAUUGUCCAUAUAUAAGAAUGGUAACAGUCUUUAACUUUUGAUAACUCUUAAGAAAUAUGCUUAGUGUUUAUACGGUAUACAUCCACAUUUACAAACCAUUACAAAGUCCUGAAUUGACAGUGUCAAGAUCUUCUCUGUACUAAUGAAUCUCUCUUUCUUCAUUUCAAUCUGACUGAUGAUGAACUGAAAACAUUCUUCAGUGAGCCACACCUAAUUCAGUGUAUGCCAAAGAGGAUCCAAAACAAACAAACAACAACAACAGCAAGAGAAGUCUUUGUUCCUGGGUUCCAUUGCCAUUCUAGUCAUCAUUCUUAUUUUUUAGAUAUUUAAAUAUUAGUGAGUGAUAAUUUUAAGGCCCGUUUGUGCUUUCUGAUUUGAAAAAUUGUAGAAUAUUCUUUUCUUUGUUGUUUUCGCUGUGUCUAAAAUGAUAUCCUUAGUUCUUACCUUAUCACUCUGGUACAAAUGUGCUUUUAUUGAUAUUACUUUAACAAAUCCAUUUGAUUUGACUUGAGUUUUCUUUCAUGUUGAGUUUUUCUUUCUUUGUUUCUUGUUUAGUCUUUACCUACCAAUGUUUUGGGGAUCUCAUGUGAUCUUAUUUACCUGCACAAUCUGUUUUUCAUUCUCUGUUCAACUGUUAUUUAGUCUUCUUAAACCAGUACAUUUACACUUACCAGUUAUUUACCAGUAAACUACG